GCCCUGAGCGCCGCCCGCCCGCCGGCCCGGACAGCCGCGGGGAGGGCAGGAAAUCAAACGGUACCAGGUCUUUGGAAAACUACGUGGCACUGCAUCAUGAGUGACAAUAAAUGUGAUAGUCAUUUUUAUAGUGUGCAAGUUGCAGAUUCAACUUUCACAGUACUAAAACGUUACCAGCAAUUAAAACCAAUAGGAUCUGGAGCUCAGGGAAUUGUUUGUGCUGCUUUUGAUACAGUUGUUGGGAUAAAUGUUGCUGUCAAGAAAUUAAGUCGACCAUUUCAGAAUCAAACUCAUGCAAAGAGAGCUUAUCGUGAACUCGUUCUGUUAAAAUGUGUCAAUCAUAAAAAUAUAAUUAGCUUAUUGAAUGUGUUCACACCACAAAAAUCUCUAGAAGAAUUUCAAGAUGUGUAUUUGGUUAUGGAAUUAAUGGAUGCUAAUUUAUGCCAAGUGAUUCAUAUGGAAUUGGACCAUGAAAGAAUGUCUUACCUUCUUUAUCAGAUGCUUUGUGGUAUUAAACAUCUCCAUUCAGCUGGUAUAAUACACCGAGAUUUGAAACCCAGCAACAUAGUAGUAAAGUCAGAUUGUACACUCAAGAUCCUUGAUUUUGGCCUGGCACGGACAGCAUGUACUAAUUUUAUGAUGACCCCAUAUGUAGUCACACGGUAUUAUAGAGCACCUGAAGUUAUCUUGGGGAUGGGAUACAAAGAAAAUGUUGAUAUCUGGUCAGUGGGGUGCAUCAUGGGAGAACUGGUGAAAGGUUGUGUGAUAUUCCAAGGCACUGAUCAUAUUGAUCAGUGGAAUAAAGUUAUUGAGCAGUUAGGAACACCGUCAUCAGACUUUAUGAAGAAAUUACAGCCAACUGUGAGAAAUUAUGUAGAAAACAGGCCGAAAUAUCCUGGUAUCAAAUUUGAAGAGCUUUUCCCUGAUUGGAUAUUCCCAUCAGAAUCUGAACGAGAUAAACUGAAAACAAGUCAAGCUAGAGAUUUGUUGUCAAAAAUGCUCGUGAUAGAUCCUGACAAGCGAAUCUCUGUUGAUGAAGCUUUGCGGCAUCCAUAUAUUACUGUUUGGUAUGACCCUGCUGAAGCAGAGGCACCACCACCUCAAAUUUAUGAUGCCCAGUUAGAAGAACGAGAGCAUGCUAUUGAAGAAUGGAAAGAACUAAUAUACAAAGAAGUAAUGGACUGGGAAGAAAGAAGCAAGAACGGUGUGGUGAAAGGUCAGCCUUCAGAUGCAGCAGUAAAUAGCAACACCACUCCUUCUCAGUCCUCAUCUAUCAAUGACAUUUCAUCCAUGUCAACAGAGCAGACAUUGGCUUCAGAUACAGACAGCAGCCUGGAUGCCUUGACAGGACCCAUUGAAGGUUGUCGAUGAUAAGUUAAAAAUUGCAAACUUGCAAUUGGAAAAGAACUCUUGAUUCCAUGCUUCUAAGUUCAUGGAACCAAGCAGGAAAACUCCAUGUUCUGCAUGUCCUAGUCAGUGCAAUGCCUGUGUUCUUACUCAGCUGUAAUUUGAUUGCCUGCUUGAUGUUAUAAAAAUGAAAGCAACGCAAUGUCUGACAAAAAAAUUCACAAGCCAAUCAUAGAAUAUUUCAGGUGAGCAAUUAUAGUAGUUGGGGGACAAAGAUAAUUGUGAUAUCAGCAGUGACCAUGUGUCUUUAGCAAACUUCUGGACGUAACACACAUGUGCCAUCAGAAGCUUGCUUUGUUUAUUUAGCUUUGCUUUUUGGCCUGUCUUGCAUUCAGAAGUGUGGUAUGUAAAAGUCCAGUGAUGCCCCAGACAGUGUAUUUUUUCAAGCUGUUUCUUAUUCCUCCUGAGUAAUGUGGUGUCUGCAGUAGAAGAAAUACAUAGUCCUGUGAGGUUUAAUCAUCUGUUAUUGCCUAUUUUGCUCUCUAUCAUAGUAUGCUUCAUUCUAUAGCUUUUUUUCUUUCAGGAGAACAGGCAUUUUAAAAGUAUAUGUUUAGUAAUAAAAAAGGCAGUUGCUUUCCAUGAAUUAAUGGCAUUCAAGCCUGAAGAUGAAUUAUUGUAAUAUAUAUGUAUACAUAUAUAUGUUGAUGUUGACCACUACUCAAACAAAAAUAUUUACAAGGAUAUUUGUUCUCCUUAAAUUGCUCUGUCCUGUGUUAAUAUGUAAAUUUGACUUUUCAGUAUGCCAAAGGAUGUUUUGUUACAUGCAAAGUCACAUCUGGCUUUUAAAAGCCUGUCCAUUUAACUUACCCCUGAUCUAUUAGUACUGCAGAUAUCUUAGUUUGCAGUGCUUUAAGGAGCCCUGUGUCUCCCAAUAAAUAUUGUUACAGUUACUCAUAAUCCAUGGCUUAUGGAUUCUUAAAUUCGUUGUCUUCAUCACUGAUAGAGUAGAUUUUUGCAAAAUUCUGGCAGAAUGGGCAGAGUGCUGGAUUUGGGGAGUCAGGACGAUCUGGUUCCCAGUCCUCCUCUGAUGCUUAACAGGCACACAUUUGACUGUGGGCAAGUCACUUAAUAUUCUUGAACCUCAGUUUCUUCACCUGUUAGAAGAAAAUAAUCUACAUAGUGCAUGUCUCACAAGGUUGUCUCUAGGCUCAAACAUGAUCAUGUAUGGAAGAUGUGUAGCAGAUUUUAAAGUAAUACAAUUAUCCUCUUCUGUGAAAAGUCAAAUUGAUCAUUAAUUUGAAGUUAAUAGUGGUUUCUAUUCUAAAUUAAGAAAAGCAUUGAUUAUGACCCCUAAUUCAUAUUUUAUCUGUUUUUAAAUGGAAGAUGCUUAGAAUAUUUUUUAGAAACUUCUGGGUUUUUUGUUUUUUUUUUUACUUUUCUGAAGGGUCCUAAGAGUACUCUUUUUUUUUAAACUAGCAAAAUAAUUAUUGGAGUAUGACUUUGGGAUUUGAGGGGGCAUGCUGAACUACAGUUAAUAAAUAAACUGAUAAGAGAUUUGUAACUUGUAAUUAAACUGCUCACCUGAAAGAGAUACUUUGAAUAUUAUUCAUGUGUUUUUAUAUAUGUAUACAUAUACAUACAUAUAUAUAUAUAUAUCAAAGUUCAUUAAGACACUGAGUAUCUAAAUGGCAUUGCAGAAAUGGAGUCAGUUAAAACAAUUGCAUUUCAACUAUGUUGCUCAUAAUUUUUCCCCCUCAAGAGUUUAUUUUUACAGACUAAUAUCUUGUUUUUAGUCAUUUUGGAAGCUAUUUGGACUGAGCAUUCAGUAGAAUGUGUUUUGAGAAAGUAUUUUAAUAAGAAAAAGUCUGUUAUAAAUACUAUAUAAAAAUGAGGUUUUGUCUACACCAGUUAUGUCAUAUGGUUGGUCUUAUCACUGGAAACUGGAGCCUUUGGUGGACAAGAAAGCAAACUUACAUGAAUCUCUGAAAUCAUUUAUUCUGUAUUGAAUGUUACAAACCAGACAAAUUCAACUAAGAAAUAAACACUUUGGUGACUCUA